UUAACAAGGUGUAAGAAAUCGAUCUCAUGCGACGCAUUUUUUCAUGAUUUGCUUUGAAGUCUCAUUCGAAGCACAAAAAUGGCGAAGUUAGUGCCAAAUUUUGCUGCUGCUUUGGAAUUUUGAAAAUCAAUUGGAUUUAUGGCAAUAUUAGGUGAGUAUUUGGUAAUUACUUAAGCUAUAGUUUAGAUACAACAUUAUCUUAAUUUUAGUAGUGACUACGGAUGUGCCAGUGUCUUAGGAACCGCGGUAGUGGCGAUCCAUCGGAUUUGUUAUCUGGAAGGUGUUGGUUGGAGCCGGUUGUUGCGCCGCAGCAGCAGCAGCAUCAAAAGAAGGUUCCCGUCCAAACCGUUUGCUUUGAAUCCGCUGUCAUGGGCGCCGACGGUGUCUAUUCCGUCGUAAACCACUUGAUGCAGAGAUAGGAACAAAAAUGGUCUCGUCGAUUGGCAGAGAUGUCGUUAAGCUCAGCGGGAAAACCAAAUUCCUCGGGUUUGGCCACCCCGUCGGAUUGCGCCCUUCGGCUGCUGGCACUACUUCACCGUUUCCAUGUUGCUGCCAACCGCCAACACCGCUCUCAGCAAUCACCGCCUUCAGUUGGUCCCGCUCCCGGGAUAUUCUGCACCAGAUUGCUUGUUGUUGUUGCCGGUCUUCGGGAUUGGUUACCACGUCGAAUUGCGCUCGACCCUCUGAACGGGACUGUUGGCCCUCCGCGGCCGGGUUCGUACUCUUCGGCCGAUUCACGCUGCCACGGCAUCAUCCGGGAACCGCACCGACGGCAGUAGUUUUCGUCUCGCUGACCGAAGUGUCUUCGUUGUCAUAUUUGAAGUAGGCAGAUUUGGCAAAGAUUCGGACCAGAACAAAAUCUCACGGAGUGUAUAUUUUAUCAUAAUUUAUGCAGAAUG